GGAAAUGUCAAUUGGCAAGAAAUACUUUCUUCUUACUCUCUCAUAUACAAGUAAUCGAAGAUGUCAUCAAACGGACAUGAGGCAAGUACGUCUCUACCAAGCUCAAAGUUGGGCACACAAGAACAUUGGGAUGACGUGUACAAUCGAGAAGUGAAAAACUUCGACGAGAUUGGCGAUGAAGGAGAGGUGUGGUUCGGGGAAGAUGCAGUUGAAAGAAUGGUAGACUUUCUAGAACGUGAGGCAGAAGAUGGAAAUUUACCACAAGAUCUUCAUGUGUUGGAUCUGGGAACAGGAAAUGGUCAUUUGCUAUUUGCUUUACUGGAAUUGGACGAGCCACUCGCAAAAUCGGAGCAUAUGCUUGGGAUAGAUUAUUCGGCACCCUCGGUCGAUCUUUGCAAACGAAUUGCAGUCGCUAGGGGUGAAGAUGCACAAAAAGUACGGUUCAAGCAGAUAGACUUUCUGCAAAAUGUAGAAGCACUCAAGCAUGAACGAUGGAAUUUGGUAUGUGAUAAGGGUACCCUUGACGCAAUUGCUCUUUCAGCUGCUUCCGAGGAUAAAGCGACUCCUAUCUCGCAAUACGUCCAAUCACUAGAAAAGAUUACUAUAAAAGAGGACAUCUUUCUCAUCACAUCAUGCAACUUCACCGAACAAGAGCUAAUACGAAUCUUCAAAGAGAGCUUCGAAGUGUAUCACGUCGUACCUGUGCCAUCUUUUUCCUUUGGCGGACAAAAAGGAUCAACAACUGUUACGAUAGCUUUCCAACGGGAGUGAUAGAAUCUAUGAUAGAAAACAUGCUGUUAUAAU